AUGAUUGAGCAGGAUUACCGAGUGAACAUCUUUCUCCGUCAGAAUUGGAACGAUCCACGUCUUGCAUAUAGUGAAUAUCCAGAUGACUCUUUAGACUUAGAUCCAUCCAUGCUGGAUUCCAUUUGGAAACCAGAUUUGUUCUUUGCUAAUGAAAAAGGUGCCAACUUUCAUGAAGUUACAACAGAUAAUAAGUUGUUAAGAAUUUUCAAAAAUGGAAAUGUACUUUAUUCCAUCAGAUUGACUUUAAUAUUGUCCUGCCCAAUGGAUCUCAAAAAUUUUCCAAUGGAUGUGCAAACAUGUAUAAUGCAGUUGGAAAGCUUUGGAUACACAAUGAAUGAUCUCAUUUUUGAAUGGCAAGAAAAAGGAGCAGUUCAAGUAGCAGAAGGACUCACUCUGCCACAGUUUCUGUUGAAAGAAGAAAAGGAUUUGUGUUACUGCACCAAGCAUUACAAUACAGGAAAGUUUACGUGUAUUGAAGUCCGAUUUCACCUCGAGAGACAGAUGGGUUACUAUCUCAUCCAGAUGUACAUACCAAGUCUCUUGAUCGUGAUUCUCUCUUGGGUGUCAUUUUGGAUCAAUAUGGAUGCAGCUCCAGCCAGAGUGGCUUUAGGCAUAACAACUGUACUGACCAUGACAACACAAAGCUCAGGCUCACGAGCAUCACUUCCAAAGGUGUCAUAUGUCAAAGCAAUUGACAUCUGGAUGGCUGUGUGUCUGCUCUUUGUAUUUUCUGCACUUUUGGAAUACGCAGCUGUAAAUUUUGUGUCAAGGCAGCAUAAAGAACUCCUGCGAUUCCGACGGAAGAGGAAGAAGAACAAGGAUGACGAUGCACGGGAAAGUCAGUUCAGUUUUACAGCAUAUGGAGUGGGGCCAUGUGUGCAAGCAAAAGAUGGAGUGGCACAGAAGGGGCCAAAUAAUCCUGCUCAAGCUGCACCUAAAAGCCCUGAUGAGAUGAGAAAAGUAUUCAUUGACCGAGCCAAGAAGAUAGACACAAUUUCCAGAGCUUGUUUCCCAUUAGCCUUUCUGAUUUUCAACAUUUUUUACUGGGUAAUUUACAAAAUCAUAAGGCAUGAAGACAUUCACCAGUAACAAGAUUGAGGCUUGCAGUCCAUAGAGAUCUGUCUGCCAUGAUCAACAGGAGGCUUUCUGAGAGAAACGUGAGUGAGGACUGGGAAAGCAAAAAGCACUGAGGAGGGGAAACAGAUCCUGCCUAGUUUGAAAUGCCCAUUCACAGUGCAAUGCAAUGGAAGAAUGACACAAGAGAAGACACCUGCAACUGCAAACUUUCUAGAUCAAACGUUAGCAACUCAUCAUAAAUCACUCUCUACUCAAGCUUUACUGCCAAGUGUUUAUACAUACUGUUACAUAGUAGUAUAAUUGUACAGUACUAUUUGAUGUUCCUUAAUGUUUUUUAAACUCUCAUGUAUUUUAAAUCAAAAAAAAAAAGAUCCCAAAUCCAGAAUAGUAUAUACAUAUCCCAUAGUACUAGAGAAUAUACUAGUAUUUGCUACCUUUAUUUCAAUUUUACAAGAUAAUGAUAAAUUACUUGAGUUUAGAUUUUUAAAUACUCUUUCUCGUCCUAAGGACAGGACCAGUGGUUUUGCAAUGAGCACAGUUGACACAUUUAAUUAAUAUAAUUUAUUCAGUAUGCUUCUUAUCAAUCUCCCGGGUGGUAUGAGUUGAAAUAAUCUUAGCUAGCACAAAAUAUUUACAGCUAAAUAGUCUACUUAUCACCUAGAGGAUACAUCAACAUUUAUAAAGUAUUGAUUCCUCAAAAGACUUCUUUUUCUUUUAAUUACCUGUACUUUGACAACUUAAAAUAUUUUUAAAUCCUUUUUAUAAGUUCAAAAUUUUUUCUUAAUUGACAAAACUCAUGCAGCAUUUGAGAUAGACAAACUACAUCAAAAUUUCGCAAUGCUUCAUUUUAAUUUAGUGCAAAGAGAUAUUGGAACAAAACUAAAGGCAAAUAAUCAACUGCUUCACUGAAAUAUUAUGAGGAUGAGUACAGCUGUGUUUAUCCACAUAUAUCUCCUACAUGUUACAUAUAUCACAGGAAGAUUAACGUAGGAAUAGAUCAUAAAGAAUACUACAGAAAACUACUGUAAGUAUAUUUGUAUGAUUGAGGCAUUGAUUAGUUAACAAUUUUGGAAAAAAACAUAAGUCUUCUAAAACAUGAAAAGAUCUGAAUGGUUUUUUACAUUUAUUAUGUUUCAUGUAAUAAAUAGAAAACCUACUAAUACUCAAAUACACUUUCCUUCUUUGGGACUAAAUCAGUCAAUAGUUUCUUCUUUAAGUUAUAUGACAAUAGAUCAUAUUUAUGACAUAGCUCGUAGACAGGUGUUCAGUCUUGCCAUUCUUGUCCACUGAAAAACAACAAUAUGCUAAGAUAUAAAUCUAAUAUUUUUGAAUUACUCAUUACGUAAAAGUCCAGUAAACUAGGCUGUUUCUCAUUGCAAAAUAUUUUUGUUUUGAACAUGUUUUGAAUUUUUGCUUCAUUAUUGCUCAGAAUGUGUAUACAAAAGCAAAAUACAGCUGGAGGCAAACAUCUGGUGCAUUGCCAAAGGCAUAUUGCAUAUGAAGUAAUGGAAGCAGUGCAACUCUGCACUGAGGAUUGUAACAUAGCAACCCUGGGUUUGGUUGAAUUUGUUGUUGUUUUCCUCCAAGGAUUAGUUAGAGAGAUUCUAAAAUAGUUGUUCUAAGAUUUUAUUCAGCUAUUGUCAGAAAAUUUAUAAUCCUCCUUCAUUUUCAACGCUAUUAUUUUAAAAAUAAUAUUUUAAAAUAGUAUUUUUAAUAGUUUUUCUUCUUUUAUGAUCUGACACGAACUCAAUUCACUUCAAAUAAUAUUUUUGUUACUUCUUCAUAUUUAUAAAUUUAUAAGUUUAUUUAUAAAAAACCCCAUUCAUUUAUGAGCACAGGUGCUCGUCCAUGUAUCAUGAACUUACAUAACUAGUUGGAUUAUAUUUUUCUCCCUUAAAAUUGUCAUAAAAUGUGUCAUGUGAAAAGGGAUAUUAAUUUAUUCUAGUCAACAGUCAAGUCAAAGUAUCUUUUUAAGUUUGAAGUACUGGAUGGACUCAUAAUCAAUAAGCGAUCAUAUUAAAAAUUGGCUUAUCUCAAUUCUUUCCCUACAAAACAGCUGGCUUAUCUUCAAUAAAGAAUUCUUAAUUGAAGUGGUAAGUACCUAAGGCCAGAUCAGAAUAACUGCUAGUAAUUCUAUUUUCUAACUAUUAGUUAUUCUGCUUUUUAGCCAUUACACUGGGAAGCAAAGCAGAAAACUUACAUAUAGCAUUCAGUUUUCUAGGAAUGCGUAUUGAAAGUAAAGAGAUUUAAAUAUUUUUAUUUUAUAAAAACUCUACAGCAUUACUGAAUUUUAUUUUAUUUUAAGUAAUAUAUUAGUAAGAAAAGUAUUUCAAAUAGGGGAAAAGUGAAAAAUGGUUCCAUAAUGAUGUUUUCAAAGUAAAUACAUUUGGCAUGUAAUCUGCUGCCCUGAGUUCGGUAAAGAUUUUCAAUUCCAAUGUAAUGUAACCAAGAUCUCUCCACUGAUUUUUUUUUUUAACAGGAACCAUAACAUUUGCCAACAUAACGGAAGCCUCUGUGGUAUACUAAAUACUGGGUAUACCAAAAUAGAUUUAAAUUUUAUUUAGAUUAUUCCUAAAUGAUUUAGGAUGAAGUCACUUAGUUGAGAAAGACAGAAACAUCAGUUGAGAUUAUAAGACAAUUCAAGGCAAGAAUGUCUGUUACUCACCACUGACUAGAAAUGUGUGACAAAAACCAUGCUUGUGUCAAUAAAGCCAAGAGCUUCAGGUCCUUGAAAGGAUAAGAGAGACUCUCAGAGGUGCAGCGGAUAUAUUCUACUACCAAAUUCCCACUUAAAUUCCACAUAGCAAAUUGCAUCUUAUUUUUAAGACCAUAUUCAAAUAUCAGUGAAAUAGAAUUAGAGAGUUGUCUUUUUUCUCAAUAAUGUUGAUAAAUUAGAGGGGCAUUGAGGGAGAAAGGAAAGAAGAAAUAAUAGUGUUAUACUAUUUGGAAUUUAGGUAUUUUAAAAUAAAGUACACAUUCCUUUUAAGGAAUUUUGACAGCAAGUGCUACUACUUAAUUAGGUUAAAGGAAUGCAGGAAGAACAAGGGAUUUAGUUAUCAUUUUCAAUUUAAUAACAUAUUAAUUUUCUUUCCAUUCUCUUUAUUAGAGUUGUUUCCAUAAAGUUUUUAUAGACUCCUCUAUAACAAAUCCAUUGUCAUCUGCGAGAGAUGAUUCCCUUUACUCACUAGAAAGUAUUAUAUUUUGGUGAUUUAGCUGUGCACUUUACAUUGAAGAAAUUAGGUAUUUCUUCCACUUUGUACUAUAAUCCAUUAGAGAACUGUAGGUUGCUAAUGUAGAUAAGAUAAAGUGUACAAAAACUUAUAUUUUUGAUAGGAGGGAAAGUCUUCCUUAUCCU